UUGAUUUUUUUUGCAUUCCAAGUAUUUUUGUAUCUGUUGUGUUAAUCAAACUGGCUAUCUUUAUAACAAUGGAAAUGGCCAACAAUGAGGUGGGUUAGAAUAGGAUAAAUAGAGUUUGGACAUGUUCUUAAUAGGACAGAUAGCACAUAAAUUGUUGCUCUGGUAACUGGAUGAAUACUGAUUUCAUUUGCAUUCCAAUCAGUUGUUUUAAUCAAACUGGCUAUCUUUAUAACAAUGGAUAUGGCCAACAAUGAUGUUUAUUUUCUGUUAUGAGUGUGAGAUGUGUACUCAAUUGUUGAGGGCCUAAUUUACUCUCGUUUAAUAUGAAGGUGAAAUGGUAAGGCCAAAGAAAAUAACAGUCAAGCGGAAAGCGCUUGCUACCAAAGCAACGCCCCCUACGGGUUCAAAACAAGCAGGUAUUCGGAACAAUAAGAAACAUUCUGCAAAAAGUGCUCGACUUGAAAAAGGUAGAAGUAGCGAUUUUAUACCUGAUAUAAGGUUCAAGAAUGAAGACUACCAAAAACUAUUCCAAGUGAAAUUCGGAGAACGAUCGGUUUGGCCAGGGAAGAACAUUGACUUUGAGUCUUUCACUAAAGGCAAUGCGGAAAUUGUGCAUGAGUGGUUUUCGUUCCAAGGAUGGGAUGUCCUCCUACAGUAUAAAGGGACGGUAUGGGAAGAUCUUGUGAGAGAGUUCUACACCCACAUCGAGCCCUUCGGUAAAAAGGAAGGGUUUCUUCGUACAUGGGUGAGAGAUGUCACGAUUUAUCUAGAUGACGAGAAGCUGGGACAUAUUCUCGGCAUUCCGCAUGAGGGGAUCUAUGAUGAUCCUGGGCUGUCUUGGAGUAAACAUACAGAUUUUAAAAUCCAAGAUUGCGUGAAGGCCUUGCUUGACGACGAUGAUUCCACUAGAGACACUAAGCCUCUCAUUCAAGAAUUGCCACCGCUAAAUCGACUACUACACCUACUAAUUCAUGGAACCCUCAAUCCUGGUCCCGGUAGAAAGUCAUCCCUGACUUACCUUGAUGUCUUUAUUAUGUUUUGCAUUCUUCUGAAAAAGAAGAUGAAUCUCCCUAGAAUGAUUAUCAACAAUAUUCGGAGUGCGCAUAAAGAAAGCAGGACAAAUAAUCUUCCCUAUGGUAUGUGGUUGACAAAGGUGUUUAGACACUUUAAAAUUGAUACUAGUAAGGAUGUUGCGCACACUAGUGCAUGUCAUACAUUUUCUAUCUCUACGCUCACCACAUAUAUGAAGUGUACAUAUGAUGAGUUGAACUCUGUAUGGGUUCAGCCGGAUGGUACCCAAGCAGGUAUUGGUGCAGUGAGUAAUCAAGAAUCUGACCCACACCAUGGUGGAGGUGAACUGGACAGGCAAGUUCAAGGUGAAGAUCCAGAAAAUUGUAUCAAGGAGGUACAUCUUACUAUGUUCACCUUUGAAACUGCAUUACGGGUUGGCAUGGUCGAGUCGAUGUUAAGGUAUCUGCACCCGAAUAUAUUUACUAAGGAAGUGAUGCUCGAUAUUCACGAUAAGGUAUAUACAUCACUCAAAUUGGAGUUCGGUAUCCGUGAACCUAAAGAAGAUCCCCUUGAAGAGGAUCUCUUUCAAGGCCGCAACACUGAAACUGAUAAUUACGAAGUGAAUGACGGUGAUGAGGGUUCGAAUGGUGUUGAAAUGGUGAUGACGGUAGCGGAACUGGAGAAGAAGAUGACGAUGCUACUGGACCUGGAAGAGAUGAUGAAGCUCCAACAGAUAAUGAAGCUCCAGCAGAUGAUGACGACGCUACGGAACCUGGAAUAGAUGAUGUAGCCAGAAAAGAUGAUAACGACGCUGAAUCUCCAGCAGAUGAUGACGACGCUGCGGAACCUGGAAUAGAUGAUGUAGCUGCAGAAGAUGAUGACGACUCUACCGGAACUGAAAUAGAUAAUGACGACAAUGAAUAAAACAGUAUGAUAACUAGCUUAUUGGAUGGCCAUGAUGAUUCGUCUCACCGUGUUAUUAGUCUGAAAACAAUUUUAAUUUUGUAUAUGGUUAGCAGAUACUCAUUUGCUUUUGGUUAGUACUUGUGAACUAAUGUUUUUGGUUAGUACUUGUCAACUAAUGUCACCGGAUGUGACCAAGUAUGUUGUUGGUCUGUGUUUUAAGUCUGUGAUUCUUGGCUAUCACCGAGUUCAUGUUGGGAAAGGACCAA